AUGGUGGAGAAAGGACAGAGAAUGAGUGCGGGAGCGAAUUCGGGUCAUCCAAAUGCUCUGCGAGUUGCUCAAUUAUACAUCCCCAAAAAUGCUGACCCGUGGCAAUCAAUGGUAAUAACAGUGUUAUUUAUCAUACUAUUUCAAGCAGAAAGAAGUGUUGGCGAGUUGAAUAAUUACAAUGAAAAGAUUGUAUUUAGUUUCAUUAAUUCCGUAGCAAAACGUAAUGUCAGCCAAGUUUGUGGUGAUAGCCUUACAAAGAUCGGUCCGUAUUUGUUGGAUUACAAUACGAUUCCAGCUCAGAAGGAAUUUUUUAUCACAGCUUAUACAUCUGGUGACGCGGAGCAGUUUUUUAGUAGGGAUCAAGAUCGCUGGGUAUUCCGAGCAUACAAAUGUAUCCAAGCAGCCGGAGAGGCGCCCUAUUCAAAAUCUGAGCAUCCGUUGCAUUACUGCUUUGGUUAUAAUGAAGAUAAUGAGAAAAGUGAUGGAGUGGCGUAUGGGAUUUGUAUUCCAUCUAUUUGUUAUAAUGAUCGAAACAAGUUACUGGAUGAAUGGCGAUCAAUGAUAUCCACUGAUGCUAUAGCAAUCGAUUACACUUCGUGCACCAAAUCACGUCAUGAUCAACAGUGGUACCAAAAACCAGUACCCAUCGCGGAAUUUAUUCUGCAUCAAAAUUUCAUGUUGCUUGUUGUAGUUGCCACUGUUUAUCACAUAAAGAAGGGAAACCAGACCAGAAAUAUGUGGGUAGAAAUCUUGUUGGCCUUUUCUGCAAAGAAGAAUUUGAUGAAAUUAAUCCGAAUGCCAAAAGAUUCACAGUCAACAAUCACUUGUAUGUUCGGUAUGCGUUUCCUGUCCAUGGUCUGGACCGUUAUUGGCCACUCAUUCCUUUUCGUCCAGGCUUAUCUGGAUAAUGUGGAAGAAUACAAGAACGACAUGGUCGACCAUUUCUACAACCAGUGGAUUACAAAUUUUACACUCGGUGUUGAUACUUUUUUGGUGCUUAGUGCUACAUUGACUGCUUUUACUUGGUUUAAAAAAAUUCACAAGAAUUUAUCAGGUGCGUCACCUACCGUUUAUCCCAAAUUCUAG